CCCUCGCUGUUUCGGCACCCAAAAGGGAUCAUCCCACUCCACCACACCACCGGCCUCUUGCUUUUCUCACUUCAUCCUGCACAUCAAGCACAGCAUGCCGGCCCCCAUUGCCAUUUCAAGAACGCCCUCGGAGCUCGACUCGUUUGGCUCGCCCCGUGCCUCGGUCGGUGCAAGCCAGCACCCGGUCAGUGGCCUCCUCUCGUCUUCGUCCAGCGGAAUGUCGACACCGUUCAUCGGUGCGUCCAGCGGCUCGUUCCGUGAGGCUAUUGCUGCUUCGUUUGGAAAGGAAGCGUCCGACAUCAUGGACUACUCCAUCUCGGCAUUUUCCUCGUCGGUCGACUCCGAGGCAACUGUUCUCCCUUCGACUUCGAUGCCCAAACGGCUUGAAUCGACGUUUUGCACCAACUUCAAGUGUUGCGGUCAGGCACUGGCCAACCUGCAUGAUCUGCUGCAGCACUACGAGGAGCGACAUGUCAAGUUUGAAGACGAUGACAUGCCGGCUAUGAUCGCUGACGACGACGUCUCGUCGCCCUCUUCGGCAUCCUCCUCGCAGCCGCCGAGCCCCAAGGUGGUCAACAACGCCGCCAACGGCGCUGGGCCGUCGAACCUCGAGCAGCAGCAACAGCUCAAGAAGCAAGUUGCUCCCAUCCACACCAGGGUCAACAGCAGCGACAUUGACACCUUCGAAGAGUCAUCAGCUUUUGACACGGCCGUCAUGCGGAGCCCAAUGAGUGCAAAGGGCAAGAAGCGCAGCUUUGGACAAUUUUCAAACGGCAACAACACUCCUCAUGUCCACCAGUCGCUGCGUCGUGCGCUCAUCGACGGAGGCGUGGGACGGGGCACAAGCGGUCGCAGCUCCGUCUACUCAGCCAACUCGCCUUUCUCGACGCCAGGCAGCUCCAUCCCUGGCACACCCGUCAUUGAAGGGGACCAGGACGCGGCCUUCUUCGGCACAAAUGCCCAUGCACCUGCCUUUUCCUCGCUCUCCAUCCGUGGCAGUGGCAACGGUGCAGCCAACGAGGACCACGACCUGCCGUCGUGUGCACCACCCAACCUCUUCUUCCCUGCCUCGGGCGCCUCUUCAUCUUCGAGCACCAACGCUGCCGGCGCGCCACCAGCGAAGCGCGAGCGCGUCAACUCAAUCAACAACACGACAGCCUCGUCGAUUGCCGGUGCGCUCGAAAACAGCCUGGCCAGCCCUGGCUCGGCGGCCGACCGGCCGUACAAAUGCCUGACGCCGGGUUGCGACAAGGCGUACAAGCAGAUGAAUGGGCUCAAAUACCACCGACUGCACGGCCAAUGCAACCAGAACACCCUGCCACCUCAGCAACAGAUUAGUGCAGUCGUCAACGGCAAUGCCCCCGGCACUCCUACCGGCCAGCAGGAAGAUGGUGACGACAAAGUGAUGACCGACUCGCCUGCACCGUCGCCCCGCUUGGCCUCUGCCGUGCCCGCUGUCGCUUCUGCGUCGACUGCAUCUGCCGCCGCUCCGUCGCAAGUGCGGCCCAGCAUCGCUACCACGGCUGCUCCACCGCCAUCACCUGCGACGGCGAACGAAUCACCGUCGCCGACGCCCACCGGCUCCGCGCCCAGCAGCCCACGGUCGUCGAUUGGCAGCCUCAACGGCGGCGCUGCCGACAAGCCCUUCGAGCGCGUCUACAUCUGCCAGGUCGGCAACUGUGGCAAGCGCUACAAGAACCUCAACGGCCUCCGCUACCACUACCUUCACAGUGGGUCCCACGGUCUCCUGGGUCUCCAGCUGCUGCACUCCAACGGUGGUGGUGCCAGUGCUCGGGCCGACUCUACAACCGGUCGUCCCGCUGUCAGCACCAACGACCUGAGCAGCGCAGCGCUUGCCGCCGCCGCACAAGCCGCUGCUGCCCAGCAGCAGGCCCAGCAACGAUCGGCCGCCGCGGCUGCCUCGUCAAACAACAGCAGCCAGCCCACUGAGUCGUCCGCCUAAGGUCGCGAUCACCUCUUCAUCUACAAUCAAAAAUGUGAGGCUUUUUACCCUCACGAUCCCAAAAAGGAGACACUUCUCCGCCCAAAAAAAAGAGAGCACAAGACGUUGCCCUUAGAUUUGGCAUUCGCCUCCAUCGCCAUCACCAGUUCUUCUCAACGCAUCUCACUACUCAUUCUUGUUUAUCGACAUUGCAACCUACUAUAUUCAUACCCGCCCUGACACAAUCUCUCGGGG